GCACGAGCACCAUCUCGACUCAGUGUUUACUGUGAUUGCUUUGCAAGUUAUCGAGGAUCAGGAUGGCUGUUCAAACUGACUGUAAAUCAGUUACAAAAGAAAUUAAAGCUCUACAACUCCAUCACAAACCAUCAGCUGUUGGAAUGGUCAAGGAGCCACUGGGGAUGGAUGACAUCACACUGAAUAUCGCCAUCACUGGGGAAACUGGUUCUGGCAAAUCCACCUUUGUUAAUGCCUUCAGAGGAGUGAUUGAUGAUGAUGAGGGAGCUGCUCCUACUGGUGUUACAGAAUGCACCAUGGAGGUUAAAGAGUACUUCCAUCCAAACUAUCCCAAUGUUAAAUUCUGGGAUCUUCCUGGAGUUGGUACCCCAAAUUUUCCAGCUGACACGUACCUGGAACGUGUUGGAUUUGAGAAGUUUGACUUCUUCAUCAUCAUCACGGCUGUUCGGUUCAAAGAGAAUGAUGUGAAACUCGCUCAGGAGAUUCAGAGGAUGAAGAAAAAGUUCUACUUUGUUCGCUCAAAGAUUGAUGACGAUAUAGAUGCUGAGAAAAGAAAGAGUGACUUCAGUGAAGAGGAGGCAUUGACAAAAAUCAGAGACGACUGCGUUCAAGGAGUCAGAGGACUGGGCAUCGAGUCUCCACAGGUCUUCCUGGUGUCCAGCUUUGAGCUCCACCUGUACGACUUCUCGCUCUUACAAGAGACCUUAGAGAGAGAGCUCCCUGAACUCAAGAGAGAUGCUCUGCUGUUUGCUACACCCAGUGUCAACCUGGAGAUCAUCAGCAAGAAGAAAGAAGCUUUCAAGACUUUAAGUACAAGCACAGACGACCAGUUUGGAUUUGCAUUAGUUAAAGAAGAAAUUAAUGAAGCUCUGCUGAAGAAUGACACUGCUGCAGCAGCUGCAAAGAUCACUGAGUUAAUGAUGAAGGAGAAAAACAUCAGACUAAAUAUCGCCAUCACAGGAGAAUCUGGUUCUGGUAAAUCCACCUUUGUUAACGCCCUCAGAGGACUAUGUGAUGAUGACGAGGGAGCUGCUCCUACUGGUGUUACAGAAACCACCUCAGAGGUCACACCGUACCCCCAUCCAAACUAUCCCAAUGUUAUGUUAUGGGAUCUUCCUGGAAUCGGCACCACCAAGUUUCCAGCUGAUAAGUACCUGGAGCUUGUUGGAUUUGACAAGUUUGACUUCUUCAUCAUCAUCUCAGCUGAUCGCUUCAGAGAAAAUGACGUGAAACUCGCUCAGGAGAUUCAGAAGAUGAAGAAAAAGUUCUACUUUGUUCGUUCAAAGAUCGACAACAAUAUACGAGCUGAGAGAAGAAAGAGAGACUUCAGUGCAGAGAGGACUCUGACAGAGAUCAGAGACGACUGUGUUAAAGGUCUUCAGAGACAAGGCGUCGAGUCUCCACAGGUCUUCCUGGUGUCCAGCUUUGAGCUCCACCUGUACGACUUCUCUCUCUUACAUCAGACCUUAGACAGAGACCUUCCUGCACACAAGAGAGAUGCUCUGCUGCGAGCCAUGCCCAACUUCAACCCAGAGAUCAUCAGGAAGAAGAAACAAGCUCUGAAAUCCAGAAUAAAAUAUUAUGCCCUUGGAUCUGCAUCUGGAGCAGCUGUUCCAGUUCCUGGUCUUUCUAUUCUUGUUGAUGCUGCUUUGCUGGUUGGUGCUGUCACAGAAUAUGUUCAUGCGUUUGGUCUCGAUAUCCCAUCUCUGAAGAGACUUUCUGCCAGAACAGGUGUGUCAUACGCUGAUCUGCGUGCCGUCAUCAUUUCACCACUGGCUGCAGCAGAAAUACGUAUACAGCUCUUCCUGAAGGUGAUAGUCCAACUUGGGUCCGUGGCUGCAUUAAUUGUAGCAGAGGAAGUGUCCAGAUUUAUUCCAUUUAUUGGAAUUCCAGCAGCAGCGGGUCUCUCUUUCACCACAACCUACAGAAUUCUGAAACUGAUCCUUGAUAAGCUCGCUGAAGAUGCUCUGAGGGUGUUUGAAAGAGCUUUAGUCUGAACACAUCAGUGUGAAUUUGAAAGUAAAAGAUGAAUGAAACUUAAAAGAGUUCAAAUUAAAUUAGUUUAAAUCAUUAAAUAUAAAUAUACUGAAACCAAAUCAUGUUGCAGCUGCACAUUUGAGCCAUUAUCCUACUAUAGCUGAUAAAUGUAUCAGAGGCCUCAGCAGGUCUCAUUUCUUCUCAUCACAUCAAUACAGGAACAAAUGUGAUGUUAUUAUCCAGAUAUAACCUGCUUAGAAGAGCUUUGUUCUAAUCCUUUGUCUGAUUUGGUGACAUCAUCACUAUCAGGUGAUGUGAUAGUUACUCCUGAAACAUCAGCAUCUCAACUUCUUUUGUUUGAUUUACUUUGUGAUGAAACUCUUUUAUUAUUAUAUCAUCGCUUACAACUUAAUAAAUACUUUUAAUGCAGAGUGUUUGAGCAGAGGUGUGUAGAGCUGAAACUGCUCUGUGGUGUUUUUGUCCUGUUGACUGUAGAUUCUGCUGAGAGUUCACUGCCCUCCAGUGGUCACAGUCAGGAACUACCACACAAAUAAUACAGAUAUGAAUCCAAAUGUUUAUCAGUGUUA